AUGGCACGGUUCUUUUACUUGAUCUGCGCUAUUGUCGCAACCAUCGCGAUCGCGCAAGCCCAGCUCUCAAAGCCGGCUCUGCGCAACAGCCUCGACGCCUUCUGGCCACAGCUGCAAAAGAGGCUGCGAAAUCCAGGCUAUCGCAUCAAGCAGUGGCCGAGGGGGGUUAUAUCACAGGGCUGUAAGGACCUCGCCGGCCGGGAAGGUCUAGACCCAGAGGUCAUUACGACAUACGAGGUGCUCUAUGGCGACUGCAGCAUCCCUUGGCUUCUCUGCCGACACCCAGAUAGCAAGACCUCCAUCGAAACCUUUGCGCUGCGCUUCGGCCAGGUCCCAGUCAGGAUGAGGCAGUUCACCAAGGAGGCGCUUUUCGUGCCCGACAAAAGCACACACGCCUACGCACUCGGCAAUCAGCUCGUCUUCUUCAACCAGGUCGAGUCGGUUGGCGUAUACCUGCACGAGGUGGCGCACACGGUCGACUUUGGGUCCGGAUAUGCGGUCCAGGGACAGCUUGCGGCGAACCAAAUCUGGCUCAACGCAUACGCCAACGACAGCGCCGUUCCCGACGCGUACGCGCGGUCCAGCCAGGUCGAGAACGUCGCGCAGUUCCCCGGGCUCGCGCUUUUCGACCGCCUGGUCCCGGGAGGCGCGCGGACCAUCGAGUCCAGCGUCGGUCGCAUCGCCAGACAGAUGGCCACUCUCAAGGACCAGGCGAGACGGGGGGACUAUGGAGGAAGGCUGCUGGGGCAGAGGGAGUCUUGCAGCGCGCGAUUUCCGAAUAGCCGGCCGGUCGUUGCGACGCAUGAAAUGGAAAUCCUAGUUUUCAACGAGUUCAUUGCCACUAGGGACGAUAGCGUCGAGGCCCAGACGAUAAGGGCGGCAAAGUGCGGAGUGGAGAUUAUGGCAGAGGCGAUGGAGGCUAUAGAACCGACUAGUUGUUGGGGUGAGCACGGAGCAUUUAACUCGACCGAAUGA